UGGGGCUGCGGCGGCUGCUCCUCUCAGCCGGCUCUGCCGCCUUUCGCGCCUUCACUCUCUCUUGAGCGUGGCGUCUGUCCGUCACGCCGCCGCCGCCGCUUUCGAGUCAGCUCUGUCACCCUCACUCCAUCGGGAAGCUUCCCUCUCUGCUAUGCUCCCCUUCGCUCGUCCGGUGAAGCACCGCUUAGGCGUUGGCCGAAACACUCCUCCUGAACUGAGCAGGAGUAUGGCCUCUGAAAUUACCCUUUUUUUGCUGGUAGGGCAGGCUGCCCCCAGUACGCCAGAGCCGAGCUCCUGGCCGACUACCUCCAGGCUAACCUGCCGGCCUUCAGCGUGCACAAGGUGGUUCAGCACCCCGACAGGUGGGAGCAGUGGCUUCAUGAUGUUUGUGAAAUGAAUGGAUGGGAGCACAAAUGGUCUCCAAUCAUUUGGAGAGAACUGUUGGACCGUGGAGGCAAGGGUCUGCUUCUGGGAGGACUUAAUGAAUUUCUGGAACAUGCUCAGAACUAUUAUGGCAUCACCUCAAUGAUGCUGACUGAGGAAAUGUUAGAGAUUGCCGAGGAGAACCUGCAAGCACAUAUAGAAUCUGAAAAAGAGCAGGAAGAGAUUAGAAGUCUUAUCAACCCUUUGCAGAUCUGGAUCACCAGUGCAUCAGCUCCAAUCUGCUAUCAGCUUAUCCCUCUGCUGGCAAGUGGUGAUGUGUUUGGAAUGACCACGGAAAUCAGUAUCCAUUUGCUUGAUGCUGUCCAGUUUAAGGAAUGUCUUUCUGGUGUUGUAAUGGAAGUUGAAGACAUGGCAUUCCCACUUCUCCGUGGUAUUUCAUGGCACACUGAGACAGAUAAGGCUUUUCUUCAAGCUGAUGUUAUCGUUGUUCUUGAUGAUAUCGUUUUAGAAAGAGACACCCAGACCCUUGAGGACUGCAUUAGAACAGUGAGUGAGAUCUGUCAAGUGUAUGCUCCCCUGAUUGAGAAGAAUGCCAAGAGUGGAGUCAGAAUAAUUUCUACGGGAAAAACCUUUGUAAACCUUAAGGCAAUGAUGAUUAUCACUUACGGCCCAUCCAUUAAGCCUGAAAAUGUCAUUGCUGUUGCAACAUCCUGGGAAAGUGCAUCUAAAGCCAUGCUAGCCAGGAAGCUGAAUAUGAGUACAGCAGGUGUUAAAGAUGUGAUUAUUUGGGGCAACAUUUCUGGCUGUAUCUACAUUGAUUUGUCACAUGCAAAGCUUUACAGAUGUGACAGUGCUGUUUGGGGCCCAGCUAAUUUUUCACGUCCUUUGUUGAAUUUGAUUUACGAUAGCAAAUGGAUCAAUUCAGAAUUUAUGUCUGCACAGAGUUCCCGUGUCUGCCAUUGUGCAGGAAUAUUACUUGCUCAUGCAGUAGCCACUGCACUAAGAUACUGGUUUCAUGGUUCUCCUCCUGGAGAGAUUGUUUCUAUGGGAAUAUUUAGUGAAGGUCAGUUUUGCAUUCCUGAAGGGAUUGUCUUCUCUAUGCCUGUGAGGUUCCAGAAUGGUAGCUGGGAAGUUGUAACAGAAUUAGAAAUUAGUGAAAAAACACGGGAAGUUCUGGGACGCUUAUCCUAUGAUCUGAUACAGGAAAAGCGCAUUGCACUAAAGGAAAUAAAAGAAAUGCAUCCUUACGGAGCUGAUACAAUCACUGCUAAAAAGGAUUUGUGUCAAGAGAUGGAAGCUUGUCCUACUGGCUCAGUUUAGCAAGAGUUGUCUUCAAGAGAAAGUGGUGAAAAUUCCCAUGCUAAAACAAUGUUUCUAUUGUUCGAAAGAGUAAACUAGAAAGAAAUGUGAAGUGUUGUCAUAGCUUUUAUUGUGCUGUCUUCAUCCAAAUCUUGGAAAUCAGUCGGUGGAAAAUAUCUCAAGAAAAGAAUAAAUGGAAGUCUUAAUCUAGAGACCAAAGAAAAACAUUCACUCAAUUUAAUGUGUCUAGAAUUUAAUUUAUGCCCAACUUCUUCAGGUGAAUGAACUGUUUAGAAAAAAACUCUUUCAUGUCUGAAAUGUUCAUAUUAGUAUGACUUUCAGCAAUACUUCACACAGCAGUGGUUUCAUAAUUCCAAAUUCCCGCCUCUUAUGGUGAUUGUAGAUUAUGAUAAACAUCUCCAAUGUGAGAAUGUUUAUUCUUAGGCAAGAUUGAUUUUUAACACAACAGCUUAACUGCGUGCAUCUUCUUGGUGACAAGAUCAUUUUUAUUUCUAUUAUUCUUUUUCAUUAGUUUCAUAGGGACUGCUCAUACAUUUCAAGUCAGACAUACCAUUAACUAGCUCUGUGUCUAGACCAGGUUGUUGAGGAACUGCUUUAAUUUUCAUGUCUUCAGUAUCUCAAAAGAUGGGGACUAUGAUAAAUGAACUAUGAUUGUACUUGCUAAUUUCUUAUCAGUUGUGAAUGUUAAAAGCAAAAUAAAAAGUUUUCUAUUCCUUGAAUGGAACUCAUGCAAUUGGAAUAACACAUUUUUUCUGUUCAAGUGGACCUUCAAACUCUUAGCAGGGAUAGCCUUCAUCUUACACGAGGAAAUCAAGAGGAGUUUAUGUUCUUAGCUGGUGAAUGAGGAGUUCAUAGAAAAAUGAGCUUGGGAAACCUGGAUUUCAAAGGAGAGAUGGAAGCGAGAGUGUAGUUUCUUACACAGAAUAUAUACGGGAGAAGCGGGGGUUCACUGGUACAAGCAUCUUCAUGGAUAAGUUCACCUGGAAGUUGUAGAGGCAGGAGUUGUAAGAAGUUUGAAGUGGAGGGCUAGGAAUCAUUAAUUUCAUGUGGAAAUGCUCUCUAGAGAAUUAGUUUCUAGAACUGUGUGCAUAGAAAAUUAGUUGAAUCUGUGGGAGAAUCUGGAGCCGGGUGUCUUGGCAGACUGUAGGAGAGAAGGAUGCUAUCAGUAGUUUUUACAAACUGCGCUUGAUUUGUUUCUUAUUCUAAGACAGGAACUUCUGUAAAGUGUAUUUAAAUUUAUGUUUUUCUAUAUGGAAUAUGAUCUUAUAGUCUUUUUAAUAUUUGAAUUCUUCUACUCCUUCUGUCGAGGUAGCAGUUCAAACUACGCAUUUCAAGCACAAACAAUACACAGCUGUUAAUGAGAAAUAUAUUGCAGAAAUGUUUUCUUUCUAUGCAGACUUACUGGGCUUCUGAGUUACUGCCUGUGAACCAUAAAGAAUUUCACCUCAGUGUUUUAGAGGAGAAUGGGAAAACAAUGUCUUGGAUGUCUCUUAUAUCCAAAAUUAUUCUAAUUAAUAGUUAUGAACUAAUUUGCAGUAAUUAAUUAGUGGCCUGCAAGGAAAUUCAGAUCUUCAGUCAGGGAAACAUAACAGAAUGGAAACUGAAGUUUCUUGUCCUUUUCUUGGGGCUGUAUGAAAGAAUAAAAAUAAUAAGAAAGGUAAAAUAUGAUAAUAUAUUCAAAGUUGAUUGUAUCGUGUUAGACCUAGUCAUAUAUUGACAAAUGUGGGUUUUCUAUAGGUAGUAAGUAAUUCCUUGUGCAUGUUUUCUCAGAAGUUACUGCUGG